CCUCUUUCGUGACACUGACAGUUUUUAAGAAGAACAAUGGGGGAAUAUGCCGGCUACGUUUUUACUGGAGAUGACCUGUUGUUUGAUGACAAUUACGACUACCAGCAGUAUUGGUUAUGACGAGACCUGCUGCGCUGGCAACGUGUGCGAUCAGGACCGCAGCAUGGAGUUUGCGGCGGUCUUCAUCCCGGUCCUGUACUCGGUGGCGCUGGUUCUGGGGCUGCUGGGAAACGGGCUGGUUCUAGCGGUGCUGUGGAAGAAGAAGCGGACUUGGAGUGUGACGGACACCUUCAUCCUGCACCUGGCCCUGGCCGAUGUCCUGUUGCUGUUCACACUGCCGUUCUGGGCUGUGGAGGCAUCUAGGGGGUGGAUAUUUGGCACUACCCUCUGUAAGAUCACUGGAGCAGUGUUUAAGAUGAAGUACUACUGUGGGAUCUUCCUCCUAGCCUGCAUCAGUGUGGACCGCUAUGUGUCCAUCAAUCACGGUGUACAAAUGUACUCCCCCAAGAAGCCCUGGGUAGUUCAGGCCAGUUGCCUGGCCGUGUGGUUUAUCUGCUGUCUGCUGUCCAUUCCCGACUGGCUGUACCUUAGUCCUUCGUACGAUCCUAGACGAGAUAAGACAGAGUGUGUGCCUCUCUACCCUGUGCCCCAGGGGAACUGGCGUUCAGGUUUCCGUUGGCUCUACCACAUUCUAGGAUUCCUCCUCCCAGCCGCGGUCAUGGUGCUCUGCUACACCCGCAUCUUGCUGCGUCUCUGCUGUGGCUCUCAGAAUCUACAGAAGCAGAAAGACAUGCGGGUAAUUGUGGCCCUGGUGAUUGCCUUCUUCAUCAGCUGGACGCCCUACAACCUCACCCUGAUGGCAGACACGCUGCAUGCCAACGACAGUUCGGCCUCCGGCAACGCCUCCUGCGACACGUUCACCACCCUGGACAUCUCCCUGACCAUCACCUCCUCGCUGGGCUACCUGCACUGCUGCAUCAACCCUGUGCUGUAUGCCUUCGUGUGGAUGAAGUUCCGCCGCCACCUAGUGGAGAUGCUGAAAAGAGGCUCUACGCUGCCUGCUGAAUAGCAGGAUGGCCAGAACAUCACACAGGGCUCCAUGUGGUCGGACACGGUGGACACCACCAACACCUCUGCCUCCUUGGGGGUGGGGGGUG